AUGGAAGCUCUUAUUGACAAAUUACAGUCAACUGCAAGGAAGCCUCCCCAAGUAGUUUCUGUUACUUCUGAGUCUCCAUCUAGGAGUGAUAAAGAUAAUUCAAAAGCCUCCUUGUUGCCACGAAAGCGAAAAUGUAGAGAUCCAAGGUCGGGAGUGCUUUCUCCUGAGCCAAUACCACAGCCCUCUCAGAUUGUUGAGCCCACUCAAGUUACUCAUGAUGUUCAAAGUCCGAUUAUUGAGCCAGCUCAAAUUAUUCAAGAAGAUUUUCAAAGCCCAAUCAUUGAACCAGCCCCGGUUCAAGAAGAUGUUCAAAGCCCAAUCAUUGAACCAGCCCCGGUCCAAGAAGAUGUUCAAAGUCAAAUGGCUAAUGAGGAAGCAUUUGCUUCAGGAAGCUCUUCUGCCCCACCACCUCCAGAGCACGAUGCUGCAUCUGUUAAACUAGCCAAGUUACUUGCUUUUCAAGAUUCCAUUUCUCAAUCCAAAGGAAAAGGAAUAUCUAUUGGCUCCAAGCAAGGAGGUGAUGAAGACUCCCAUCAAACCAUCUCUGAGCUUAAACAAGAGAUUAUGUUUUUGAAGCAAGAGUCCAUUGAGAAGGACUUACUGAUUGGUAGUCUGGAUGUGAGAGUUUCUAACCUUGAACAGGAGAACUCUGUUAAAUACGCGAAGAUUUCCGAACUUCAAGCAAAUCUUGGUGGUAUAACUGCUUUAUUCUUUGACUUGAAACAGCGCUUACAUCAAAAGUUUGGUGAUGAUUUUCAACCUUUAAGUGCUGAAGGCGAAAAGAUUCCUACUUCUAGUUCUGAUCCAGUCAUUCCACCUUCUCAACAUGCAAGUGAAAGAGUUGUAAGACCUGCUCUGGAUGCAAAUCUUGACACAUUUUUAUCUUCUGGUCCUUUUCUACUCAAGAAAAAAGAGAGAAACAAGCUCGAAUUGAGCAGCUGA